AUGGAGGAGCAACAGCAGCGCCCCCUCCGACAUGGAGGAGCAACAGCAGCGCCCCCUCCGACAUGGAGGAGCAACAGCAGCGCCCCCUCCGACAUGGAGGAACAACAGCAGCGUCCCCUCCGACAUGGAGGAACAACAGCAGCGCCACCUCCGACAUGGAGGAACAACAGCAGCGCCACCUCCGACAUGGAGGAACAACAGCAGCGUCCCCUCCGACAUGGAGGAACAACAGCAGCGCCACCUCCGACAUGGAGGAGCAACAGCAGCGCCCCCUCCGACAUGGAGGAACAACAGCAGCGCCACCUCCGACAUGGAGGAACAACAGCAGCGCCUCCUCCGACAUGGAGGAGCAACAGCAGCGCCCCCUCCGACAUGGAGGAGCAACAGCAGCGCCCCCUCCGACAUGGAGGAACAACAGCAGCGCCCCCUCCGACAUGGAGGAACAACAGCAGCGCCCCCUCCGACAUGGAGGAGCAUCAGCAGCUCCACCUCCGACAUGGAGGAACAACAGCAGCGCCACCUCCGACAUGGAGGAGCAUCAGCAGCGCCCCCUCCGACAUGGAGGAGCAUCAGCAGCUCCACCUCCGACAUGGAGGAACAACAGCAGCGCCCCCUCCGACAUGGAGGAGCAUCAGCAGCGCCCCCUCCGACAUGGAGGAGCAUCAGCAGCUCCACCUCCGACAUGGAGGAACAACAGCAGCGCCACCUCCGACAUGGAGGAGCAUCAGCAGCGCCCCCUCAGACAUGGAGGAGCAUCAGCAGCGCCCCCUCCGACAUGGAGGAGCAACAGCAGCGCCCCCUCCGACAUGGAGGAACAACAGCAGCGCCCCCUCCGACAUGGAGGAACAACAGCAGCGCCCCCUCCGACAUGGAGGAGCAUCAGCAGCGCCCCCUCCGACAUGGAGGAACAACAGCAGCGCCCCCUCCGACAUGGAGGAACAACAGCAGCGCCCCCUCCGACAUGGAGGAGCAUCAGCAGCGCCCCCUCCGACAUGGAGGAGCAUCAGCAGCGCCCCCUCCGACAUGGAGGAACAACAGCAGCGCCCCCUCCGACAUGGAGGAACAACAGCAGCGCCCCCUCCGACAUGGAGGAGCAACAGCAGCGCCUCCUCCGACAUGGAGGAACAACAGCAGCGCCCCCUCCGACAUGGAGGAGCAACAGCAGCGCCCCUACAAAAGCCACUAUAA